GACCGGUUGAUGCAUGGGCGAAUGAUGCAGCAGGCAGCUCAUCAGCAGUCACAGCAGGGAACGCAAGAACAGCCGCAAGAUCGCGUACAUUCCUACAUGCAAAGUCAAUCGCAGCCUUUUCAAGACCAAGCAAGAUAUCUUCCCACAACGUCACCCUACGGCCGCGGUCACUUCAAACAAUCUCAAAUAAGUUCUACUAACGCCCCAAUGAUUCAACAGCUGGGGCAGCAGCAUACACAUGAACACAGAACGGCUCAACGACGGUCCGGCAAAGCCCCUGCGAUGCACAGUCAAGGUCAAGCUUUACAAUACCAACACCAGCCUAGAUUUCGCCAUCCUCCUCCGCCAUCUGCAGGCAACGACUACAUGAUGCAGAUAGAACAUCAGUGGGCUCAUAGCCUCAACAAAGUGCCGCAGAUCGGUUCAUCAAUUUUGCAUCACCAGCCUCAUGGCCCAACCCCGGAGCAAUUCUUUCAGGGUCCCUUUCAUUCCGAACAAGGUGACGAUCAACCAGAAGAAGGUGACGAUCAUUCAGAAGAAAGUAACGAUCAAUCAGAAAAAGGUGACAAUCAACCAGAACAAGAUGAUGAAAGAGGAGGAUGAGAUCAGGGCGCUGCUUGGCGACAGAGAAAAAUCACACUUCGUUGGAGAAGGGGUCCAAAGCGACACUGAAUACGAUUUGCUCAAGCAGAGGGCCCGAGCAUACUUGAAUUCGCCAGAUGAAGAUGAGGGAAAGAAGGAGAAGAUGCGAGAACUUACGGAGAAGAUCGAGAGCCGAAGGAAGGCAUGUCUCCGCAAAGAAAGGCUGCGAAAGGGAGCAUUCGAAGAGGAUCAAGCUAAGAAAGGCUCAAUAGCUUUUGACGCAGCGAAGAAGCUCAAAAGUGAGAUCCAGGCUGUUGUCACCCGCGAAAAUCCCAGUGACCACAAUGCCGAAAGACUCAGAGAAUUAGCAUCGCACUUGCGAAAGUGGGAGAGCAGGGGUAACGGUUACGAUGCCAACAAAAAGGCGUCUAAAGAUAAACGGAAGAUAAGAAACCAGGCCCGCCGUCAGAAAAAAAAUAGAGGGUACGGUGGCCACACAGCCGCCUGUUAA